AUGAAAAAAUCUCCACCUCCAAAAGAUAAAAAAAAAAAAGAAAAAAGUCUCGAAAAAGCAGGCGAUAAAUAGGAUAAACAAGAGAAGUUCGAAAAAUCAAAUAAAAAUCUUCAGCCUUUGGAUAAAGUCAGAAUACCUAGGAAUGUGAACUUUUAUCUGCACUUCUUACAACAUCCGGAGAUAACUGAGAACGAUAUAGAAUGGGUCUUAUAACUUCGACACUGGGAUGCUAACAAAAUGAAGGAACUUCUUAGCAAGAUACCAAAUCAACCAUACUCUCUCGCAGACAAAAAAACUAUAUUCUCAGAGAAACAACACGAUGUUUAGGAUAUCAAAAACAAGGAUAAUGUUGCUAAUUUUAUGCAUCUACUUAACCAUCGUUUGGGAUUGGGUGCUUCUGGGAGUUAAGCAGAUUUUGAAACUGGGUUGAGAAGAUAUCAAGCAAACGAUGAAAAUCUAAGUAAGAAGGAGAAGGGAUGGUGGUAUAUACCGAAGAAGGAUAGACAUGAUUUCCCUGAAUUCCCAAAACCUUUGAAGGAGUAAGGAGAACUUAAAAAGUCUUUCAGUACUGGAAAGUUUAAUACAAUGAAGUUUACUUAUUCAGGAUUUGAGGGAAUGCAAGAACUGCCUCCCUAUACCAUGAAAUUUAAGUAGGGUAAUUGCGGCAGCGUGAAACACUUGUUUGGCCCAGAUGUAAGAAUGUCUCAAGGACUUUGGGAGGAGGGAUUAAGGGAGUCAUAUAAUAAGAGAAUGCCAUCGCAACAUCGAAACAAAGAAGAAAGUAAAAAUAAACAGAAAUUGGAUCCUAUAAAAAAAUGA